UGUAAUAGUACAACUAUAACAACAAACAUAAAAUAACUUAAUAUUUCAAAAUGGUAGCUAUUCCGUUUAUACUCUUGUUAUAUAUAAGUUCUUUAGCUAUAUGCAAUGGAGAUGUCAUUGUAGAGACUAGUACAGGUAGAGUAAGUGGAAUACAAGUGAAGUCAAUAUUAGAAAAUGAAAAGUACUACUCUUUUAUGGGUAUACCAUACGCAGAACCGCCAGUUGGUGAACUUAGAUUUAUGCCACCGUUUCCCCACAAUGGAUGGAGUGACAUCCUUUCUGUGAAAAAGGAAAAGAACUCCUGUGCUCAAAAUCGUAUGCCAAUUAGAGGCGCAAAAAACUUUGGAUAUUGCGGAAGUGAAGACUGCCUGUAUUUAAGCAUCCACACGCCAACACUACCCCAUGAAGAUGACGAUGUUAACCUUCCAGUAAUAGUAUUUUUACAUAAUGAACAGUUCAGAAUGUCAUCUAAUAAUUCAAUUGACUAUGGUCCUGAUUUUUUUAUGAAUGAAGAGGUUAUUUUAGUUACGGUCAACCAUAGACUUGGAGCAUUAGGAUUCUUGUCUUUUGAAGAUGAUCUUUUACCUGGCAACAACGGUAUUAGAGACGUUAUUGUAGCUCUUUACUGGAUCAAAGUAAAUAUAAAUAAAUUUGGUGGUGAUCCUAAUAAAAUUACAUUAAUGGGAUACGAUGGUGGGGCCGUCAUAGUAGAUAUUUUAUUACAUACUCCAAAAGUCAGAGGAUUGUUCGUUGCUGCCAUAUUACAAAGUGGCAACCUGUGGAACUCGCUGAAUAUUGUUGACAAACGCAAGGAAAGAGCUAUCGAACUUUCUGAAAAACUAGAUGAAAAUGUUUUUACUAGUUCUAAUUUAUUAAAACGUUUGAACACAAAAUCCUCACUUGAUAUAACUGUGGCAGAGGAAAGCUGUGUUCACGCUGACGAAUCACGUGCUAUACAAGUUGGCAUACUUCCAUUUGGUCCCAUAGUUGAACAUGAGCAUUCAGGUGCUGUUUUCACAAAGAUACCUGAAGCCCCAUUUGAUAUUAAUGUUCCAGUGAUGAUUGGAUAUAAUUCCAGAGAAGGCAUAGAGGUUACUGAACGUUAUUUACAUAAGCCUCAAUACCUUACAUUUGCUGAUAGAGAUUUCCUCUUUCUUUUUCCAAUCAAAACCAAUUAUCAUUUCGAUAUUCACAGUUCUGUUUACUAUGAUGCCAUUCAAGAAGUUAAGGACUUCUACUUUGAUGAAGGGUACAUAAAAGUGAGUAAGCCUGGGGAGUUUGUAACUUACAUCGGAGACGUAAUGUCAUUUUAUCCCAUAGACUAUGGUGUGCGAAAAUACAUCAACGGAUCAAACGUUCCUGUUUAUUACUACAUGUUUGACUACAGUGGAGAGCUAAAUAAGAGAAAGAAUGAUGUUUUAUCAAAAAGUAAAAGUAUUGAUGGCACAUGGGGUGCAACUAUGGGAGAUGACCUUUGCUAUUUAUUUGUUUGUAAAUCUAUCAAAAAAAUAUAUAAGAAAGCUAUACAAGAUGAUGAUUCUGAAGAUAUGAAAAUAGUAAAUACUAUGGUAAAAAUGUGGACCAAUUUUGCUAAAACGGGAAAUCCAACACCACCAGGGGAACAAUUUGUGUGGAAACCAGCUUCAAAAAACGAAAAAAAUUGUUUAGUCAUAAAUGAGGAAUUGCAAAUGAAGAGCAAUGUUCAUCAAGAAACAGUGGACUUUUGGGAUAACUUUCUACAAAAAUAUGAAGCAAAAGCUAUUGAUGGUGUAGUUACAGAUAAUAAAAAUAAUACAAAAAAUAAAGAUGAACUGUAAAUAGAAGUGUAUGUGAAUAAUAUUUAAUC